GCAAUUAUUCAAAAAUGACUUUAUUAUAAGUUGUGAAUGAUUUCACUCCUACAACCUCUGUCACUCUCCUUCUCUUUGAGAGAGUAUUAUAAUUUCUGCCAUAGUUAUUUUCCUUCUUCUUCUUCCUAAAUCCAAAUUAGAAAGAAGAAAGAAGAAACGAUGAUGUUUAAUCCUUAUUUGGUGUUUUUUAUUCUUCUGGGUUUAACCCAAGUUUCCAUGGCUAACGUGGAAGAGAACCCAAAAUCAACUUACAUUAUCAGAAUGGCCAAAUACCAAAUGCCGGCGGUUUUCGAACACCAUACCCGCUGGUACGACUCGUCGCUGAAAUCGGUAUCUGGGUCUGCCGAAAUGCUCUACACCUACAACAAUGUCGUCCAUGGGUAUUCCACAAAGUUAACUGCUCAAGAAGUCGAAGCUCUAAAAGCCCAACCCGGAGUUCUCUCCGUUUGGCCUGAGCUCAAAUACGAGCUCCACACGACUCGGACGCCGGAAUUUCUUGGCCUUGGCAAGAGCGAUUCAAUAUACCCAGAGUCCGAUUCGGGUAGUGAUGUCAUAAUUGGCGUUCUAGACACCGGAGUUUGGCCGGAGAGUAAGAGCUUCGACGACACCGGUCUUGGACCAGUACCCAGUGGCUGGAAAGGCGCGUGCGAAACGGGCACCAAUUUCAGUGCCUCUAAUUGUAACCGGAAACUGAUCGGAGCGAGAUUCUUCUCUAAAGGCUACGAGGCCACACUUGGACCCAUCGAUACAUCACGGGAGUCGAAGUCUCCGAGAGACGACGAUGGCCACGGGACCCAUACGGCGAGCACAGCAGCUGGUUCGGUAGUGGAGGGAGCUAGUUUGUUCGGGUAUGCACAGGGAUCGGCGCGUGGGAUGGCGACGCGGGCUAGAAUUGCUGCCUACAAGGUUUGCUGGGUGGGCGGAUGUUUCAGCUCCGAUAUCUUGAAAGCCAUAGACCAGGCGGUGGAGGACAACGUUAAUGUCCUUUCUAUGUCUCUUGGUGGUGGAAUGUCAGACUAUUACAGGGACAGCGUAGCGGUCGGAGCUUUCGCGGCAAUGGAGAAGGGCAUUUUCGUCUCUUGCUCUGCCGGAAACGCCGGACCCAGUUCAUUUAGCUUAUCUAACCUUGCUCCGUGGAUCACAACAGUCGGUGCCGGCACACUAGAUCGGGAUUUCCCAGCUUACGUCAGCCUCGGCAAUGGUAAAAACUUCUCUGGUGUCUCGCUCUACAAAGGAAACACUUUGCCCGGAACCCUGUUGCCGUUUAUUUACGCAGCCAACGCUAGCAAUGCUACCAAUGGAAAUUUGUGCAUGAUGGGCACAUUGAUACCUGAGAAAGUCGCAGGAAAAAUUGUUCUCUGCGAUAGAGGUGUGAACGCAAGGGUCCAGAAAGGAUCUGUAGUUAAAGCCGCCGGUGGGUUAGGAAUGGUAUUGGCAAACACAGCCGCAAACGGCGAAGAGCUAGUAGCCGAUGCGCACCUAUUACCGGCAACAUCAGUGGGUCAAAAAUCCGGCGACGACAUCAAGAAGUACUUGUCUUCAGACCCAAAACCAUCGGUAACCAUUCUCUUCGAAGGAACAAAGGUAGGAGUACAGCCAUCGCCGGUGGUUGCGGCGUUCAGUUCGAGAGGUCCAAACUCAAUAACUCCAGAGAUACUAAAACCUGACAUCAUUGCUCCAGGUGUCAACAUCCUAGCGGGUUGGUCAGGUGCAUUGGGUCCCACGGGUCUUCCCAUCGACGACAGGCGCGUGCCCUUCAACAUCAUCUCCGGUACUUCCAUGUCAUGCCCUCAUGUGAGUGGGCUCGCAGCUCUGCUCAAAGGGGCCCACCCUGAUUGGAGCCCAGCCGCGAUUAGAUCGGCUCUUAUGACCACAGCUUACACCGUAUACAAAAACGGUCGAAACAUACUUGACAUAGCCACCGGAAAGCCUUCUACACCGUUCGAUCACGGUGCUGGACACGUGGAUCCCAUCGCAGCACAUGAUCCCGGUCUAGUCUACGAUCUAACGGUCGAUGAUUACGUGAACUUCCUUUGUGCAUUAAAUUAUACAGAUGAUCAGAUCAGUGGUCUCACCAGGAAAGAAGGAAGUUGUAAAGCAAAGAAGUACAGUGUCACUGAUUUCAAUUACCCAUCGUUCGCUGUUAAUUUUCAGUCUACAGGUGGGUCCACCGUAGCAAAAUACACUCGAACACUGACCAAUGUGGGUCCAGCUGGAACAUAUAAGGUGUCGUUGAAGUCCGAGACCCAAAUGGUUAAAGUAUCUGUUGUGCCCGAAACGUUGACUUUCAGUCAACGGAACGAGAAGAAGAGCUAUACGGUGACGUUUAAUGCUGUGGGAGCAAUGAAGCCUAACUCAAAUAGCUUUGGUCACAUUGAAUGGUCAGAUGGGAAGCAUACAGUGGGGAGUCCUAUUGCAUUUAGCUGGAGCUGAAAAUAACUAUUAAUAAGAGUUGGGACAAAUGGUUUUAAACAGAUACUAACGUCACCCACUCGAAGAGGGGUUUGAUUUGUUUGAAUCAGAAUUUCAAGCUCUUUAAAUAUAAUAUAAUAUUUAUAAAUAAUAUAAUGUCAUUGUUUUUAAGGUUAAUUAUUGUAAUAUUAGUGUUUUUAGUAUUUUAAUGUUGGUUACCUGAUAAAGUUUGAAAAAUAGAAACAGCACAACAAGGGAAUGGGUGGUAGUGUGGGGUGUUUUCUUUUUUCAGUGUACAAUAUUGUCUGGUCAAAUUUAUUUGCCCAAGAUUUAAACUCAAGCUUUAUAAUGAUUUGCUUCA